GCUGAAUGCGACAGGCUGCUAAUUUUCAUCCUCAGGUUGUUCAUGCUAUGAACAAAGUGUGGAAUGUACUUUCGACUUUCAGAGUAUCAUCAUUCAUACCCAAUCAUAUCUUUGGUCGGAAGGAAAUCAGCAAUUCGACCUCGGCCUUGGCGAACUUGUCCGAUCAUCCGUUCUUACCUGAAAGUCAUCUUUUGGCUCAAUCUCGACUCUUGGUGUCCAGAAAAAGCAAUCAAGAAGAAACCUCGUUGCAUCAGUUUAAUCGUGAACGUGAUGCUCAACUCUCAUCAGUAAACGAUCCUGAAGACGCUAUUAUCCUCCAGGGAAUAGACACUCAUCCACCUUCAGACGAGAUCGAUGAGGCUUGGGACGCGUUUCACAAGUCUGAAGGCAUUCACUUUGUCGACUCGAAAACAAAAUCAACAGAACCUCAAUCGUCGGCAAGGUCAAAGCCUGUGUAUACGCCAUCCCCAAGCCACCCUUCACCCCUGAGCCCUUUCACGGAGCGAUCUCAAACUUCAAAUGCAUUGCCUUGCCCUUCUCGAGACCAACCUGAAUUCUCCAGUCUCGAGUGGCGCACCCGUGCAAAGUCUCAAACAAACAUGGAUUAUUCUCGAGCUUUUCAGAUCAAGCGUGACUUGGCCGACGCCUCGAGUCAAUCGCGAUCCACUUCAUCUCUCAUCAAUGAGGAAGAAGCUUGGCUAUUUUUUGACCAGGAUACCUCCUCCAGCACGCUCGCUACCAAGUCUCAAGUACUAUGUCAGGCUCGCGCGGUGGAGACAGACCCGUAUGCACAGGAAGCAGCCCGCUACAUUGAAUCGUGGUCGAAGGUGAUGGAGAUGGAACGGCAAAAUGAAGCUUUCACCGCGAUGAAAAGAUUGUAUGACAUCCGACGCAGAAGUGGUCAUAGAUAUAACCCGCUGGGUAAAUCACUGGUCAAUAUGGUCAUAACUCCUGUGGAUCCGCCUGACUAUAUCAAGUCUGCACAUAGAAGUGAUAUCUAUCUUCGGUUGGAACGGCCUGAUGAAAGUGACAUUGGUCUCUGUAAUUUUCGGCACCCUACCGAGCCCAUGCCCAAGAAUUUUUCCAAAGAUAUCUUUAUAUCUUGUCGUCUGGUCUCGAAACGUACCUAUCAUCUGAUAGUACGGCUGGAGAACAGCGAUGCAGAUCUGACUUCGGAGAUGUACCGUCUUGACUAUGGUUGGGACGGGACUUCCUUCGAUCGAACUUCCGCAGCUGUUCAGGCCCUUCACGAUGAUCCAGAUGCUCUGCGAAGAAAUCUGACGGAGAAGGAUAUCGAGAGAUCAAAUAUUAAAAUAACUGGAUCGUCUCUCCGCCACCCCCUUCUGUUCGCCGAAAAUAAUGAGUCGUUUGCCCACGAUCCAAUUACGACACAUCCUAGUUCAAUCUCACCUACCUUUCAUCUCUUCACGCGCGAUCAAAGAAUCAAUAGCUGGGCUAAGCGUCAUCUUCGCCACCCUCCCCUGAAAAUGCCUGGUGACCCUGAUCUGGGCCAUCUCAAUGAACCACAAACACGCGCAAUCGCUAUGGCUAUCUCUUCGCCUCUAUCCUUGAUUCAAGGCCCACCUGGCACCGGAAAAACUCAAACCAUCAUUCAGAUGGUCGCGCUUCUCAAAAUACAUUUUCAAGUCUCACAGCCCAUAGCUGUAUGUGCUCCUACCCAUGUAUCUGUGGAUAACCUAGUCUUAGGCCUUGUGAAAGCUGGCUUGAAGCCAGUACGAUGUGGUGAGCAUCUCAAAGUAGCUUCCGAAGUGGCUCAAUAUUCGUUAGAAACCCUGGAGCUGCAGCACUCCCUGACUCCAACUAUUGAUGCCAAGAACCGCCGAUUGGAAUCCUUAACGAAAGAUUUGGACGCGAUUGAAAAGCGUUGGCGAAAUGUCAAACCAGCCGUCUCGUCAAAGCGCCAACCUGCCAAUACCAAACAGGCUAGAGUGCUUGAAAUACUGAAGACCGAGUACAAAAGAUUAUUGUACGAAGUAUAUAUACUCAAGCGUCGACGUCAACUCCAAAUCAUCGCAUCCUCAGAUGUGGUCUGUUGUACUUGUCUUGGCGCCGGUGCCAGCGGCCUCGAAGCGGUCGAAUUCGCCUCAGUCAUCAUCGAUGAAGCCGCAAUGUGUCAUGAGCCAACCGCUCUGGUGCCAUUGACAAAAGGUUCGGCCCACGCAGUCUUGGUAGGUGAUCAUAAACAGCUACCAGCAAUCACAUUGAGCCCGGCUGCCGAAGCCCACGGAUUUGGGAUCAGCCUAUUUGAACGUAUUCAGAGUCAGCAAAGUGUACAAUCUAUCCUACUUCACAAACAGUACCGCAUGAAUCCUAUCAUCUCCGCAUUUCCCAAUGCUGAAUUUUACGAUCACGCGUUGGUGGAUUCGAUUAAGCCUGACUCUAUCAAACCCGUCUACUUUCAUUUCGACCGAUCUCUUGGACCUGAACAAAAAUCAAGAGCUGUCUCCUUUGUCACUCACAAUCAUCUAGAGACGAAAAUUGAGAAAACAUUGACGAACCAAACGGAAGCCGAGAUUGUCCUUGGUAUCUUACGUGACUUGCUUCGUACUAACCCAGAACUGAGUGGUCGCGAUAUCGGAAUUAUUGCACCCUAUCGAGGCCAAGUAUCACUGCUCCAAUCACUGCAACGUCAACCCCAGAAAGCGAGUCUGAUCCGUAAUUCAGAACAAUCGUAUCGCAAUGAAGUGGAAAUCAAUACUGUUGACGGCUUUCAAGGCCGGGAGAAACCUGUGAUCAUCCUAUCAUGUGUCCGAGGAAACUUUGAAAGACAAAUCGGAUUCCUGGCUGAUCUGAGACGAUUCAACGUUGCUGCUACUCGAGCUAAACAGAAAUUCAUUGUUGUUGGCCACUUGGAUACUUUACAGUAUGCUCGUGUAAAUCGACAUUUUAAAUUUGGUGGACAUUAUAAUGCAGAGGCAUGGAGAAGGUGGGUUCAAUGGGCAAAGAGUGAAAAUCUAUUGAUUGAUUCUGAGAAAUUUCGAGGAAAAUAGAUGCGUGUACACCCCCACUUGUUUUUUGUGCUCAUGUAAGUCCCUGGGCUUUACUUCUGAUCUUUGGAUUGGCUUCCGGUGCAGAUAUGAUGUGCGGAAGGCGUUUUUCUGUUCAUUGUCCUUGAUCACUAUGUUAUGGAUUGCUUUGUGUUGCUUCAAUUCGCUUCUUACCAAAUCUCUUAAUUCUCUCGUUGUAUGGAAAUAUAUCUUAUCGUAAUGGUGUGGUUUCUCGAU